AUGGCAACAGAGCGCUCCUUGGGCGCUCUUCUGCGGUCGCUCCAGACCUCGUCGGAUUUGCAUGAUGUCCUCGCCUUGCUUCCGACGGCAACGAGCCUCUUAUAUGUGCUCGGAAACCCAUUGAAUAUCACCCUGCUUGCAUCACAUCUGCUAGCCGCCCCCGCCUUGUGGCAUGGUCCUGCCGAUCUUCUUGCAUGUCGAAAGAUCCUCAGCGUCUUCAACACUGCCGCCAUCGCACUUCUGCAGAAUGAAGAACCGGAGGAUCCUAAAGUCUCAUACAUGAAGCCCCGGAAAAUUGAGCGCGAAGAUUGGGUCAAAGCGGUAGUCAACGGAGCAGACGACAAGUCGCCGCGAUGGCGACAUGUUAUUCUGAUUGGCGGGGUCCUCCUGGGCUUCGAAGGCCAAAACAGACAGGGUUUACCAUCGCAGGUCCGGAGGAAGCUUGAAUCGGCACUCGUGACGGCCGCCCAAUUUGCACUCGAGGAGUUGGAUCCCCAGAAUGAGGUUGAUGGUCGGUGCAUCACCAUGGUGCUGAACUAUACCUUCGAGCUCAUAUCCGACUACGAGAAGAGCAGGCUGGACUACGAUCGCCUAUUGCCCGUCAUGGUCAAUGCGACGUUCGCAUCGCCGGAAGGCCUUGAAGGAGGGUACUUUCUUGGGACCGUUGACAAGGAUGUUGUUGAGGCGCCGGGGAAACGGUUUCAGUGGUCACCACAGUCCGAUACCUUUCUUCGCGUGACGACAAUUUCAUCGAGUCCGCUCGUGUCGGCCUUGGGUCCUCUAUCCCGACUUAUUGCCCACGCGGUUGAGAAUGUUCAAGAUCCAGGGCUAGUAGCGCGAUGCUUGGAUCAGAUCACAGAUUUUGUGCGGACAUUGAUGGUUCAGUGGCGUCAGAACAAACUGUCGGAAGUCGAUCGGGCUGAAGAGGCGGACUUCCUCGAUCCGGAGUCGCUAAGGAGCACAAUCCCGGGACUCUGGAAACUGCUUCGCAAUUGCUUGUAUUCAAUCGUGAUUGUUCUUCGGGCUGUUCUUGGGAGAGUUCUUAAUGACCAUAUACUGGCUGCCCAUCAAAGUGCGCCGUACCUGUCCAUGCAAGCUCUGCACAUACUUCGCAACCUCUAUUUCAUCUCGUCUCGCAUUGGCCAGAAUGCUUCAUCGCAGCAUGUGUUUGUGACCUUGACUGCGGUGGAUAUCCUUGCGCAAUACCCCCACUUGAGCGAGAACUUCCUUCGAAGCAUCAAACCCAGCGAGCUGGGUCAAAUCCCUGCCCAUCCGGCUGAAAGAUGCUUGGAUCUCUUCUUCCUUAAUACAUCCGAGCUGUUUACUCCCGUCUUGUCGUCCACGUUCAGCGAGGAGUUGCUUAUCGCUGCUGCGACGCCGUAUCUCCCGGCAGGCGGCAACAACCAUCUUCUUGAGAUUUUUGAAGCCGCCCACAGCGUGGUUUUGGCUGUUUUCGCCGUCCCCGGCAACGCGGCCAUUGCAGCCAAACACCUACCCUUCUACAUCGACAAUCUUUUUGCCGUAUUCCCCGACAACCUCUCUGCCCGUCAAUUCCGGCUCGCCUUUAAGACCGUCAUUCAAGUCACGGCACCACCUUCCCCCAUCGCAAACAGCCAGCCUCUCCUCCCUUCCGUCCUGUUGGAGGUCCUCUACAGCCGAGCCCUGCACGCCACCUCCGACCAACUCCUCCCGCAGCCGGCGCCCGGCGACGACGACGGGGGCCCUGAGCUUAACGCCCCACCGCCCGUGACCGAGCAGGCGGCCCUGACGCUGGCUCUGAUCGACAGUCUCUGCUUCCUGCACGUGGACGAGCUAGAGGACUGGCUUCCGCUCACGGCGCAGCUACUGACGUCGAUCCGCGCGCCGGCCAUGCACAAGCUCUGCGUGGAGCGGUUCUGGGAGGCCCUGAGCAACGGCGAGAUGGACGUGGAGCGCGCGCAUUUCUGCGUGACGUGGUGGAGUACACGGGGCGGGCGGGAGAUGGUGCUGUAUGGGGCCGACAUGAGUGAUUCGGGGACUGCGGCUGUGGAGGGAGAGGGAGAGGCGGGGAUGGAGGCUGAAGGGGCGUUCCUGAUGAGUGGUGCCCUAGGAAGCGCUGCGAGGGAGAGUAAACUCUGA